AUUGCACUGCAGCCCUGUUUAUACGACGCAAUCUUGGAGGAGCAGUUGUAGUUUACAAGAAACAAAUGCGCUGUGUGUAUGGGAGCCUUCAUUCCGGCAAGGAUAAUGGUGAUAACCUGAAAGCUCCAGUAUCGUAUCCCUGGCCAUCAGGAUGAAAAAGUGUUGCAACGCAUUCUAAACAUACACGAGAGCGAUUAUGAGCGGUCAGCCAAUGGCCGCGUCGGUGCACCACUCAGGACCACAGCACAGUGCGGCGGCUGCCCCGGGAAGCGGGCAUUAUGGAGCGGGCGGCGCAACACAAUCCUCCCAGCAGUCCGCACCUCCGCCUCCGGACGGCGAGAAGUUGUCUGCCCGGAAAGCUCGCAAGGAGGCGGAACGACAGAAGAAGCAGGCCAAAAAGUAUGAGGAGCAGCUGAAAAAGAUACGCGGCCCGAAAAGCCAAAAGUUGCAGAUUAUCGAUGAAAGCUUUCUGGAAAAGUACCGGCACGUCCAAUCGUUACCGCCCGGGCCGACGCUGAAAACGAAGAAGCGAUCGAAGAAGGCACCCACCGACGUGGUGCAGAUCAAUCUCUCGGAAUGCAUCCGGGAGCAGCUGGCGGGUGGCGAGCGUUCGGAACCGAAGCCGAUUGUGCCGAUCGUUCCACAGCAACCGUUGCUGCUGCUGCACAAAGGCAAGCAGCGGGAAGUGCCAAAGGAGAAGAAGCUGUCACGACUGAAGAAGGACAUCAUUCGGAAUCGCGAGGACAAGGGUGCAGCUGCUGGGCAGCAACCACCGGGAGCAAAUGAAGGCAAACCGCAAAGCACAAACAGUGGUGGUAGCGUGGAGCAGGAGAAGAGUGCCAACAGUGGCAUUGUUAGCAAGCAAUCGAGCGAGGGAACCUCACAGCACAAUGUAGUCGACUCACCAUUCCUCAAGGCGAUUGAACGAUGCUGCAUCAACGAUGGACUUCCGCCGAGCCGUGAUUCGAGCGAAUACCAGAACGGGUUCCCUUCGCUGAGAGUGUCGGCCGCCGUGUCCAAACCCACCACACUGAGACAUUCGCGAAGCUUUAGACCGUACUGCGACCAUUUCAUCUCGGAAGAAUUGCGUGAGUUGGCGGAGGAUGUGGUAGUAAAAUUGUUUAACUAUCAAACGAAGGCGUACGCAAAGAAUCCGAUCAAAGCCGUCGCCAACAAACGAUACGUGGUGGGUUUCAACGAGGUGUUGAAGCUGCUAGAACUGCGCAAGGUGCGGCUGGUGCUGGUUGCACCGGAUCUCGAACCGAACGAAACCAUCGACCAGAUGGUGAGCAACGUGAAGAUGCUCUGCCGCCAGAGCCAGGUACCGUACCUGUUUGCGCUGAAGCGCAGGAAGAUCGGAUUUCAUCUGCUGAAGAAGGCCCCGAUCAGUUGCGUCGGUGUGCUGAGCUACGCCGGGUGUGAGGAUACCGUGAAGCAGAUGCUGUUGGUGGUGGAGCAAGAACGCGAAAGCUAUCGCAAUUUGAUGGUGGUCGAUGCACCCUGUUGAGUACGGCCCAGCUGGCGUUUUCGCUACAUUCACCGAGUGUACGGAUGCCGGAGCUUGGCAAUUAUUGGCAGAUAAAAAACCCCAAAAAAAACAACGUAUUCUAGUCAUUCCCGCGUGUUCGAUGCGCGUAGGUAGCGCAGUCUCGUGCGAACACACAAAUAAUCUGCGUUCCAUCCCCGUUAUAAGCAUACCCUCGUCCCUUUACUAUCAACAUUUCUAUCAUCUCCUAGUAAUGUGAGUGUUAUAUCAUCCAGCUAGAAAGAGUACCACUGGCCGUGUAUGUGCGACAAGGGUACAAGCUUUCUACCAUUACUUGACAUAAUAAACGUGCAAUAAAAUUUGUCUAGGCAUAGCCAUA